CCCCGUCUAUUGAUCGGUCACUGACUCCGCUCAACAUGGCGGCGGGGAUGGUAUUCGCGCUCAGCCUGAUCCUCGUCAUCGGCCACCUUCAGGAAGGACCGGGAUCCCUCGCGAAGACCUUCACGUUCCCGGAAUACCCGUACAAGGAAACCACGAAGAACGAACUUCUCUUCAGACAAUUCGAGCAGGCAUGCGAGGAGAGCGGCGCUUGCAAGAUGCUAUCGCAGCACAGAAGCGACAGCGUCGCCAAAACACGAUGCAUCCGGGAAUGCGUAUCGCCGUCUUGUUACAAGGAGAUCUAUUUAUUCGAUCAGUUGGAGGAGGGCGAGAUUGACGUGAGAUUAAAUUCCUUCAAGGGCUGCUUCAUGCAGCGAAACGGUCGGCCACGGAAGUAAGAAGAGCGCGCUUGCGAAAAGAGACGCGGGAAGAACAAAUUUCUAAUUGCGAGAGAUGAACGAUUAAGAGACGGACGAGCCCUCGGGGAUGACUGCUGCAGUGCAACAAAGAACACGCGCUGCGAUAACAGCUCGCUGUUCUAACAGGGAGGCGCUUCUUGCUCGAAGACCUUGCUAAUCCCGAAAGGAUUAAAUUGAUGAUGUAACAUGCCCGUCGCAUGAUAUGCAUGACGAAAAAGCACAAAAGUAAAACGAAGGAAACUGCAUAUCAUGCACGAAGACAAGUUAAACAAUGCAUAUCGUGCAGUCUCGUAGAAAUGAAGCGAAUCCUCCGAGGUAUUCAAUCCGAGAACGAUCUUUUUCUACUUUUUGUACGCACAUAUUAACUACGACGUUAUUGCAAUUGUUGGUAAUAAUACUGCACAAAGUAAAGGAAUAAAACUGUUGGGCGCACCAGUGAUUUCAAUCACCUUAUUGCUCUUACAUUUCGCUACAUUAAAAAAAAAGAGGCAUUUCUCGAAUUAUAUAAUUCAGUAUACGAUAACGUGUGUAUGUUACUCUCGAAUAACGCAUUUUAUUAUAUAGUGAAUGAGGGAUAGAAUUUAAAAACUAUUCUACACUUAGCUUUGAAAAAUAAAAACUUGAAACGACCAAAUUUUUAUAGGAAAUAAAUUUCAUAAAUUAUUGAAUAGAAAAUUUACCUCUCGAUUAUCUUAUUAUCUCAAAGAUAAAGCAUGUUUCACAACUUCUUAAUAUAUAAACUACUUAUACUGUGAUAUGAUGUUACAUUUACAAAGUUGUUAUUAUUCACUCAAGUUGUUACAGAUAAAAAUAUAAAAAAAUAUGUAAGAUAAUAUAUGACGUUGAUUAUUGUUGCAAAGUGCAUAAUUUGUUCCAAGAUUUCCACAAUAUUUACCAUAAGUUGGCAAAUCCGAUAGUUAUUUUUCAAACUUCUAUUAUAUUAACAAUUACAUUUAAGGAAUAUCAUAUAUGUAUAAUAUCUAGUCGGCACAGAGAAUUCAAAAAGAAUUCAAGCUUAUGUCAUUAAUUCAGAAUUCAUUUUUAGAUGCAAAAAGAAUUUAAAAGAACUCUUUUCAGAAAAAGAAAUCCUUUUGCAUUUCAAAAUUCUAACUCUAAAUUGAUGUGUGUGACAUAAACCUGAUUUUUUUUUAAAUUCUUUAUGAAUCUGUGUGUCAAAUGGAUAUAUAUUAAUUAUGUUAACAAUUAUAUAAUAUAUAACAUAAUAUAUGACAAUAUGAUAUAUAAUAUUACAUUAAAAUAAUGCAAAACUUGAUUAAAAGAUGUUUUAUACAGAGAUACUGUAGCACAUCGUAAUACAUAAUUUGUAUGUGAUAAAGUGAUAAAAUUGAAAAAAAUAUUUAAAAUGCAGCAAUACAUUUCGAGACUA